AUGGCUCCAGUAACCGAUACCACGAGCGAAGCCAAUGAGCCUGCUUCACCCAAGGCCAAGCUCAGAAUCAAGCUCAAUGUCAAGCCCCCGGCCAAGGCUGAGACCGAGGUAGAGGCCCCCAAGGCCAGUGACGAGGAGUUCCUCUUAACCCUUCUCGAUACCGUGAAGGUCAAUCACCAGGCCGCAGCCAAUAUCCUUGGCAUCAACAAGGCAGCAUGUCGCAUGCGAUUUAUUCGCUUGCAACAGAAAUACGGCUUCAAGAAGAAGGGCCCCAAAGGUACUCCACGACGCAAGAAGGGAGCUGCCAUGGUCACUCCUGCCAAUGAGGCCGAUGUCGCCGAAGGGGGAGACUAA